GAGGCGGGUCUCAUCUUUUUUGUGGAGGCACCACUUUCAAAGUUUCCUUGAAAAAUGCAAUUUUGACAUCUAUUUCCCUCGAACAAACCAUUACGUGAUAUUUCACACUCGACCGCUAACCACAAGUCCUUUUGAACUUUGUGGCGCUGGUGUGCCCACGUUUUCUGGAGGCGCAACGCCCGAAGACACCAAAGGAUUUGCCUUGCGCAAUCCACAUUUUGAAGAACAACCACUUUUCCUAACACUACAUAUCAUCCAAGAUGGAUGCAGGCGAGUAUCUGAAGCGCCAUGGGUGGCGUGGACUGGGUUACUCGUUACACCCGACCGGAAAGGGACUCAAGAAGCCUUUACUAGUGUCGCAAAAGCAGAACGUGCUCGGUGUUGGCAAGAAGCAGCAUACGCAGAGUGACCAAUGGUGGCUUCGCGCGUUCGAUUCGAGCUUACAGGGGCUAAGCACUACGACUGGUUCUACAAAAAAGUCAACACCGGCCGAAAAGGACAGCGAGGACGAAUCCGAAGAUGAGGUCCGAGUCAGUUUUUCUGGGAACGGAAUGCUCGAGAAGAUUGUCCAAGGCCGAGCAGGUCUUUACUCGUUCUUCGUCAAGGGAGAAGGAUUGAGCGGGACAAUCGACACGUCGGAAGAUGGGGAGGAGGAUAAGGGAGGGAUAGUGAACGGUGGCUCGGAAACGCGCACAAAUGGAGUGAAAAAGCUUGGUGGCGGAAAGGACAAGGGCAAGAAAGAGAAGAAGGAGGGCAAGAAGGAUAAGAGUGAGAGUAAAAAGCGAAAGAGAGAGCAAAGCGAUGACGCUGUUGACUCCGACAAGGCGGCUAAGAAGGAGAAGAAAAAGCAAAAGAAGCUAGAGCGCGAAGCUGCUUCUCGCUCAGUCUCCGUCUCAGAAUCCGCCACGAGUUCCGGAGCGACAUCCUCGACUGAGGAGUCGAAAGAAAGCAAAAAGGAGCGCAAGCAGCGGAAGCGUGAAAAGAAGGAACGUAAGGAGGCAAAGCGCGCAAAGAAGAGCAUCUCCAAUGGAACAUCAGUAUCUGGCGACACGCCUACGCCAACAAUUUCUUCGUUGCCUAUUUCGACAAUCACGACCUCCACAUCGACCACGGCAUCCUCCCCUGCCCCUGGUUCGAGGGAAGAGACGAUCACAACAGCAAGCACAUCGGUAACACCAGCUGAAAGCGUCUCGGAUCCGGCAAAUGAGCUGCUAUCUGCUGCUGUGGACAAAGCUGAGCGCAAGCGACAAAGGGAGGAAAAGAAAGCGCGAAAAGAAUCAAAGGAAUCUAGUAAAAAGAAAACUGAAAAGCGAGAGAAGAAGGAUGAGAGUGGGAGGAAGGAGAAGGCCGAGAAGAAGAGAAAACGGGAUGACGAUGGAGCUGAAGAAAAGAGCAGUGAGAAGAAGACGAAGAGCAAGAGCAAGAAGCGCGAGUAACGACCUAGUUAUGGAGUGCACAUCACCUCGCUGGCAUUGGCAUGACAUCAGUAUAUAUUGCAUUCGUUGCAUUGCAUGGACGGCGUUUCGGGGAUCAUAAAAGCUUGAAGAACCUAGCGAACCGGCAUUUUUUGGGAAUGAUACCAGAAGAAAAGUCCGGAAUUUUUUUUGGGUUGUUAGAAGGGGAUAAGCGUGGUGCAUCAACAGACAUCCUAGACUAGAUCCAAUUCUGUAUAAUAGACAAUGAACCAGCCCUGGCGGCGAAAUCAUCAAUCAAUGUAUCAAUUGGAAGC